GAGCAAGAAAGAAAAAGAAAGAAGAGGAAGGGAGCAGAAGGAAGAAGAAUGAAGAAGAAAGAAGAGAAAAAAAGAAAUAGGCUGUGAGCGGAGGCGGAGGCGGAGGAGGAGGAAGAGGAGGAGGAGGAGGAAGAGGAGGGGGAGGAGGAAGAGCAGGAGGAGGAGGAAAAGGAGGAGGAGGAAGAGGAAGAGGAAGAUGAGAUCCUUUCGUUAUGUGACGUGGGAAGAGGAGCGGGGAGUGUGGGAGGAGGAGGAGGUGGAGGAAGAGGAGGAAGAGGAGGAGGAGAAGGAAGAGGAAGAGGAGGAAGAGGAGGAGGAGGAGGAGGAAGAGGACGAGGAGGAAGAGGAAGAGGAGGAAGAAGAGGAGGAGGAAGAGGAGGAGAUCUUCUCAAGAGGAGGAAGAGGAGGAGGUGGAGGAAGAGGAGGAGGAGGAGGAGGAAGAGGAGCAGGAAGAGGAGGAAGAGGAGGAAGAGGAAGAGGAGGAGGAGGGGGAAGAGGAGUAGUAGGAAGAGGAGGAGGAGAAGGUAGAGGAGGAGGAGGAGGGGGAAGAGGAGUAGUAGGAAGAGGAGGAGAAGGUAGAGGAGGAGGAAGAGGAGGAGGAGGAAGAGGAGGAGGAGGAGGAGGAGGAGGAAGAGGAGGGAUCCUCUCGUUAUGUCACGUGGGAAGAGGACCAGGAAGUGUGGGAGGAGGAGGUGGAGAUACUCUCGCCGAAUGUUUUACACGAUGUGCCUUGAAGGUGGCAAAGAAGCUCAAGGCAUCUGGCGUUGCAGGCUAUACAAAUGAUAACAAUCCGUUUGGCGAUUCUAACUUGACGGAAAGAUUUGUUUGGAGGAAGAAGAUCGAGAAGGAUUUGGCGAAUGGAUUAGAUCCAAAGGAGUUGUCUGUGAAGGCAGAGAAGCGGCGCCAAAAGGAGCGCAUGGCAGAGAUUGAGAAAGUCAAGAAGAGACGGGAAGAAAGAGAGAUCGAGAAGCGACGCCAUGAGGAAGAAAUGGCAAUGCUGGCCCGGGAGAGAGCGAGGGUGGAGUUUGCUGAUUGGGAAAAGAAAGAGGAUGAGUUUCACUUUGACCAAUCGAAGGUCAGGUCGGAGAUUCGGUUACGUGAAGGAAGGGCAAAACCCAUAGAUGUGCUGUCCAAGAAUCUAAACCUGUCAGAUGACUUCGACAUCGAGAUAAAUGAGCCAUACAAGAUCUACAAGGGGCUAACGGUGAAGGAGAUGGAGGAAUUGCGAGAGGACAUCCGUAUGCAUCAAGAGCUUGACAGGGUGACUCCGACACACGUCGAUUUUUGGAACGCGAUGAUGGUUGUCUGUAACUACGAGAUUGCGGAGGCUAGGAAAAGGGACGCACUCGAUCGAGCACGAGUAAGGGGAGAGGAGCCUCCACCUGAUGUUGUGGCAGAGGAGUUGGGAUUACAUGCGACAGUAGAGGCUGACGUCCGAGCCAUGCUGACUGGGAAAAGCCAUGCAGAAUUGUGUGAAAUAGAGGAUCGUAUCGAAAUGCAAAUGAAAGACGGAACUGCGAAAAUCGUGGAGUACUGGGAGGCGGUCUUGAAGCGUUUGCAGAUCUUCAAAGCCAAGGCACGGUUGCGUGAGAUUCAUGCAGGUCUUUUGAAAGAGCACCUAGCGCGGCUGCAAGAGUCAGAGGAACGAGAACGUGCAGAGGCCAAGGAGAGGGAGAAGGCAGAGAUGAAGGAGAGGGAGAAACAGCUGGCUAGGGAGGAUGAUGAUGGUAAUGAGAUAGGGUCAUUCUCACCGGAGCUCAUGCCAAUCGAAGAGGCAGGUGCCGAUGCCGAAGCAGGCUCCUUUUCUCCGGCACUUACUCAUGAUUACGAGGGUGAAGAAGUUGUUGAUCCUGAAGCAGACAGAGCAGAGCUGGAGCGGAAACGAGCCGAAGUGCUAGAGAAGGAGUCCCGCAAGCUGCUUCAGGAAAGCGUCGACCCAGCCCGCAGUAUUCAGGAUGAGGAGGGUGAGUUGCUUGUUCAGGAGAAGGCUCUGGCGCUCAAGAUGAUGGGCGGGAUGCAGGACGGAGACGCUAUUUUUGGGGGAGAGGUGAACUUGGAGUCUCAGGUUUACUGGUGGCAUGACAAGUAUCGGCCCAGGAAGCCCAAGUAUUUCAACAGGGUCCACACAGGAUAUGAGUGGAACAAGUACAACCAAACCCAUUACGAUCAUGACAACCCCCCUCCAAAGAUUGUCCAAGGCUACAAAUUCAAUAUCUUCUAUCCUGAUUUGAUCGACAAGACUAAAGCACCGACAUAUGUUAUCGAGCGAGAUGGAAGUGCCAACGGCGAGACGUGUCUGAUUCGCUUUCAUGCGGGUCCUCCAUACGAGGUUGGACUUCCGGAGUGAGCGAUUUGAACUUCGGAGCUUGGAAAGGAAGARGRGRGGSGGGGGGGGGGGGGGGGGGGGGGGCCAAGAUAGAUUCUCUUUUUUUUUYUUUUUUUGUGAUUUUUUUUUUGUGAUUCUGCCCAAUUCUCUCGGAUGCAAAACUCAGCUCCGAGAGAAUGGUGUUCAUUGCAAUUCAAAGAAGUGGAAUGCGACAAAGAAGUGAAGUGAAUGAAGAAGAAGAAGACAAGAUUAGAUCAUCAUCCCUCACACUUUUUCAUUAUUGAAUGAAAUAAGUUCAAAUAA